CAAGGAUGGGACAACACAGGACACGCUACUAGGAGGAGACAAGGAUAAGACAACACAGGACACGCUACUAGGAGGAGACAAGGAUAAGACAAGCCAAGGACAUGGAGGAUAGGAGGACACAAGGACAGGAGAACACAGGGACACAUGUGGACAGCUGGCUGACGACAGGAAACACAGAUGACGUCUCUUUGCAACACUGAGACCACAGAGAAGAAGAGGACAGAGACGAGGAGGAAGGAGACUAGAAGGGAAAAGAAGAACACCAUAAAUAAUCACGUUGAAAAGAAAAGGAGGUGAAGAGGAGCAAAGCCAUAGAGGAGGAGGUGAACAUCAUCAAAAGGAGAAAGUCAUUAUAACGAGAACAAGAGGUGAGAACUUGAAGAGGAAGCAGAAAGUCAGAGAGAGGAGGUGAAUAGUCAGAGGCAAUACUAGCAGGAGGUGAGGAAAGUGGAGCACAAAGAGGAGAGGAGUGAGACAAGGAGAGAAGGAGCUGCAGCGUGGUCAUGGAAGAGGACAUCAGGAAACAAGGGAUGCUCUACUUGCAGCAGCAGAGGUUUGGAAAGAAGUGGAAGCGUGUCUGGUGCAUCCUCUUCAGAGAAAGUUCCUGUUCGAUUUCCAGACUUGAAUUCUUUGAGUGUAAAGAUGGAGGAAAUGUUGAGAAAAGUCGAAAGCAGCAAGAACACAAGAAGGUGAUCCGCCUGUCUGACUGCAUCCGGGUGUCGGAGGUGGAUGUGGACGGAUGUCCCAGAGACACGGGACCCUUCCUCAUCGAGACCACCGACAAGACCUUCGUCUUCGCUGCAGACCGACUGCAACUAGAGGCCUGGAUACACAAACUGUGUGAGACUGCCUUCCCUAUGAAGUGGAGUGAGCCAAAGAGAGGAAAAGGAGUCCAUGAAGAGGCCGGAAUGGAGGACAACUCCCUGUACAGCGGCACUGAGACAGUGCGUGACGUCAGGGUGUGUGUUCGGAGGACCGAGGCCUCGGAGAGAUGCCGGCUGAAGGGAGACGGAUUCCUGCGAGCCGACGUGGACGCUCUGCUGCUCCUGGGGAGGAACGGGGAGGAGUUGCUCACCUGGCCAUACAGGUACCUGAGACGCUUCGGACGGGACAAGUCCACCUUCUCCUUCGAGGCCGGCCGGCGGUGUGACUCCGGCGAGGGCAGCUUUGAGUUUGAGACCCAACGAGGUAACUUCCUGUUCCAGGAGGUAGAGUCCGCCAUCAACCGGCAGCGGAUCUCCUUCCCUCAGAGACAGACGUCCUAUCAGACAGGUCCUGAGACCCCUGAGGACCUGCCGCUGGUCCCAAACAGGACGCAACUCCGGGGCCAUGUCCCACAAUCCACUGCUGCUCAGGAGGUUGAUGGCGUCUACAGCAUGGUGAGCCAAACUCCUCCCAUACAGAAGAGUCAUCACCGAGAAAAGGAUAGCUCCUCCCCUUCACAUCAGAAACCACAGCAGCGCCUCCAGACCCGUCUGGAGCCCCCGGUGGAAAAAAUGCUGACGGGUGUGAAGAGUUUGACUCUGGAUACCCGCGGCCCCCUGCCCCCUCACAAGAACCAGGUGAAGAUGAUCUCCAGCCUCCCCCUACCCCACGCCGAGCCGGGCCCCCACCAGACCUACUCCCAGAUCAACCUGCCGGGGGACAGCGCCUUGCCCCCCCCAGCUGCCAUUCCUGUGACCCCACAGGAUCCCGGCUACUCUCUCCCCUUCGACACCAUUGGCGCGCUCUUGGUGUCCGACCUGCUGACCUUGGGUCAAAGGGCGGAAACCGGCACCGACCCGCUCUACGACAGCAUCGACGAGAUGAAGAUCAGGAACGUCUUCCCAAGCGGCGACGCCGGGGCAGCUAACAGAAAGCUGGAACAUAUCUACGACGAGCCCGAGGGCUGCGCCGCCCCCGCCCCCCCUGCUUCCUUGUAUGACGACCCGGAGGAGGUGAGGGGAGACGCCUGGAGGGUCAUGGGGGCAGAGGCUGACCCCAAAGGUCACGAAUACCCGUACAACCCCUGCGUUGACGACUAUGCUGUGCCCAAACGCGUCCAGAGGGCCCCGCCUGCGGCGCACAGCACCAACCAAGAGAAGAAAGACAGGGAGGGAGAGGAAGAGGAGGAGGAGGAGGAGGAGGAGGAGGAGGAGGAGGGGGAAGAGUAUUCACCAUAUACCAACAUGAUGGUGAAGAUUGUGUAGAGGAGAUCAGAUGCUCCAUCUGGUCUUCAUUUUCGUCUUUGUCUUCAGCUCGUGUCUCUAGUCCAAAUGUCCACAUCCCCGUAACCUGAACCAGAGACCAGAUGCUCCAGCUGCAUUCUCCCUAAUGUCCACCAGGGGGCUCCUCUGUGAGAAGAUGAUACGGACCAAGAUGGUUCCACUGAGCAUCCGUCAGAGCCUUUAUUUAAGUAGCCUGUUGGCAUGGUAGCAUCAUUCUCUGGACUCUGCUCCAGUUUGAUGAAGCAAAGACUAGAUGUUUACUUCCUGUAUUAGUAUGAAAUGAUCACAGCAGUGAAAUAUAUCUUACUCAGCAUCACUCACAUCAGCUUCAACUCUUUAAUGUCAGGUGAGAACACAAUGUUUCCGGAUGUCGGAGCGCCUUUGAAUGCACCACGUGGACUUGGUGGAGCAUCAGGCAGCUGUUUGCAUGUUUAUCAGGCACGUCAACCUGACUCAUUCAUCGUUAUCAAUUCCUCUUUUGUUCAUUUUAAGAGGAUAUUUUGUAAAAUAAAGAAUCAUUUGUUGAGAAAUA